AUGAGACAUAUUCAGGCCUUUGAAGCAGUUGUUAAUGAACUUGGAGCACAAAACGUGAAAGUAUUGUUGGAUAACCAUGUCAGUGUGCCAAGGUGGUGCUGUCGUGAAGAUGAUGGAAAUGGUUUCUUUCAUGACAGACACUUUGAUCCUCAGGAAUGGGUUCAUGGCCUUACUUUGGUAGCCAAGCGCUUUUCUAAAAAUCAUGCUGUUGUUGCAAUGAGCUUGAGGAAUGAAUUGCGUGGUCCACGCCAAAAUGAGAGUGAUUGGUACACGUACAUGAGUCAAGGAGCACUUGCCAUUCACAAGGAAAAUCCAAAGGUUCUUGUGCUUAUCUCAGGUUUGAAAUAUGACACUGACUUACAGUUUUUAAGGACUAAACCAUUGAAUAUAGACUUGGGGAAAAAAAUGGUGUAUGAGACACAUUUCUACUCAUGGUCUGGAAAUGGGAGACAGGUAUGGACUCAGCAACCAUUGAACAGGAUAUGUGCCAAUAGCAUUAGAGGAUUAGACGAGAGAGCUGGGUUCCUUACCACUGGUGAGAAUGCAGCUCCUUUAAUCUUUUCAGAGUUUGGGUUUGACCAGACAGGUUCUACAGAGGCAGACAACAGGUUCUUGACAUGCCUUCAGACCUAUCUUGUUGGGAGAGAUUUGGAUUGGGGUUUGUGGGCAUUUCAAGGUAGCUAUUAUGCUAAAGAAGACAAAGUUCAACUUGAAGAGACAUUUGGUGUCAUGGAUGUCAAUUGGAAAAAUCUGAGAUAUCCAAACUUCGAUAACAAGUUCCAACUUUUGCAAAGGAAGAAUCAAGUUCCUACUUCCACAGUCCCCAAUGCAUAUAUCUUGUACCAUCCACUAACUGGUCAAUGUGUUCAACUGAAUAACAAGAAUGAACUUGAAGUUGGUAGCUGUGAAAACCAAAACAGAUGGACUUAUAGUGGAGAUGGGUCUCAAAUCCUUUUGGAUGGCACUAACAAGUGCUUAACUGCAGCUGAUGAAGGGCUUCCAGUAACUGUUUCUGAUGAUUGUCAAAGCAAGAAGAGUUCCUGGUUAUCUGUAUCACUUUCUAAACUUCAUUUGGCUACUGUGGAUCAAGAUGGGAAACAACUUUGCUUGCAGAAGGAUUCCAACUCAUCCCACGUUGUGACUUCAAAAUGUAUUUGCGUUAAAGAUGAUUCUUUUUGUCUGAAUGAUCCCCAAAGCCAGUGGUUCCAGUUCGUUUCCACCAAUGUAUAG